AGAAAUAAAGAAGAGGAAAUGAGUGGUCUUGUGAUGGGAAGUGAAAAGUGGUAAAAGGAGAGGCGAGGAAGCAACACGCAGCUAGCUAGAAAGCGAGAGAAAGCCCACUCUUUCUCUCUCUAAAAGGGAACUAGAAAGAAAACCUCUUCUUCCUUUCUCUCUCUCUCUAGCUCCAGUUAUAGUGUAAGGCCUCUCUCUGCAUAUAUAGCAUACCAGCCAAGUCUCAGCUUAAUACCACCAUUGAAACAGAUCCUAAUUCCUACAGGAUCUCUCUCUCUCUCUACAACACAGAAUCGAAAGCACCACCUCUCUCUCUGUCAAAAUCCAAAGCACACCUGAUACCCACCAUGCCACCUGAAGAAACCACCUCCACCACAGCCAAAUGGCUCACAAACCAUCACAAACCAUCGUCGAGCUCAUCACCAAGCACUUCCGACCUCUUCGUAUGCUUCCCUUCUCGAGUUCCCCUAACACUAAUGCCCAAGCCCAUAUGUAGCCCAGGCCGCCGACCCGACCGAGCCACGCAUCACCACCGCGCCGCACCGACCCGUGCCCACGGCAGCCCCAUGCUCCGAGCCAAGGUUCGGGCCCACCCGAGCCCAGUCAUCGAGCCGCACGAGCCCACCUCACCCAAGGUCACAUGCGCAGGUCAGGUCCGGGUCAAGCCCAGGCGCGCGUGCAAGACUUGGCAAUCAGUGAUGGAAGAGAUAGAGAAGCUUCAUGCUAACAAGCACAGGCGCAAUUCUGGCCGCCCGAUCGGCAGCAAAUUGGCGGAGGCCGUACAUUUCUUGACUGCUCUGACAAAAUUCCGGCUCGAUUUUCGUUGCUUCGGCGGUUUUCCGUCCUCCUAUUCUUCAUCAGAUGAAGAAGAGGAAGAGGAGGAAGAGGAAGAGAGAGAAGCAGAGGGGGGAGGAGCUGGCACUGUGUUUGCUAAAUGGUUCAUGAUAUUGCAGGAGGACCCAGAUAAGAAAACCCACCUUAAUGGGAUGAGAGAGAAAGUGGGGCUAGAGAGAGAAAGAGGAUUUGUUGGGGAAGAGAGGGAGAAGGGGAAAUUUGGGGAGGAGAGAGAGGAGGAGGCUCCAAGCGUGCCCCCUCCAAAUGCCCUGUUAUUGAUGAGGUGCAGGUCGGCUCCAUUAAAGGGGUGGGAAGAAGAGGAGAAGGUUGAAUUGAAGACAGAGAAAGAGGAGGAGAGAGAAAGCAUGGUUUUGAUGAGCUACGCGCCUGAUUUUUUCAAAGUUUCGCCAGAAAUUUCAAGGGAGACGUGGGUGAAGAAGUCGGAUUACUUGUCGAGAAGCCGGAGUUGGAAGAGAUAGAAAACUUUUCCGGUGAAGUGUUGGAGUUGUGUAUGGUUUUGGGGGCUGUGUACAGUUUAAAAGAGAAGCGCAAUUGGUCGAAAAGGCUGAAGCUUUUCCGAAAGUAAAGCUCUGGUUUUUCGUCUUCUUUUACUGAGAUUUCUCAUUUUUUAUUACCAUUUUUUUUUUGGGUGACGUCCUCUUCCUUUCUCUUACUUCUUUCUCACUCUCCUUGGUCAUUUCUUCUCAGUCCGAAUCCAGAGAUCUGUUCCGGUUUGAAUAAAAAUUGGUUUGCUGCACGCACCAAUCGUAUCACAAUCUCAAAGUAAGACAAAGAAGAUCGUUUGUAUUUAUGUGUAUCUUUUUCUCAUUAGUUUGGUUUCAAUCUAUUCACUUCUGUCCAUAAAUUGUCCUAUGUGUUCAAUAAAUAUGUGAUUUAUUUA